CUAGGUUGGUGCUAUUGUUGGCAUAGAUAUUGAUUCUCUUCCUCCCCUAUUCUUCUCCUAUCUCUCUCUUUCUGCGUCGCACAAAUCGUAUCAGCAGCAAUGUCUGGAGAAUCCGCCACCGCUAUUCACAAGGGUCAAGUUGAUCUCUUAGACUUCAUAGAUUGGACUGGUGUUGAAUGCCUCAAUCAAAGCACCACUCACUCUCUUCCCAAUGCUAUCAAACAGGGUUAUAGAGAAGAUGAAGGUUUGCAUCUAGAAAGUGAUGCAGAUGAGCAGCUUUUGCUUUAUAUUCCUUUUACUCAAGUUAUUAAACUUUAUUCCAUUGUUAUCAAAGGUCCUGAAGAUGAAGGUCCCAAGACAGUAAAGCUCUUUACCAACAAGGAGCACAUGGGGUUCAGUAAUGUCAACGACUAUCCACCAAGCGACACAGCUGUUUUGUCUCCAGAACACCUCAAGGGGAAACCGGUACUUUUAAAGUAUGUCAAAUUUCAAAAUGUUCGCAGCUUGACAAUAUUUAUUGAGGACAACCAGACUGAAUCUGAGAUCACGAAAGUUCAGAAGAUUCUGCUGAUCGGGUCAACAGUUGAAACAACUGACAUGAAGGGUUUGAAGAAGAUUGAGGAUCAUUGACCUCGCUAAAGUAUUGAGUCUAGUUUCCUCUACAUCCACCCUUAUAAAUUUUGAUUGGAAAUGUUUUAUUCAGCUUCAUGAAUAAUGGUUUGAGUUCUAACAUCUAUAUUUUUAGUUAAGAGAUUGAAGCUCAGCAUAUCUGCAUGGUUGUGACAUUUAUGUGAGAAGUAAUGUUCAUGCUGCAUGGCUAUUUAUUUUCUUUUUCAAAGUUUGGGAAAUAUGUAAAAAAUUGCUAUUAGAAUUACCUUCAAUGACUGAAUAUGAAAAAAUCUGGACUACAUUGACUGCGAAAAAUAAUUUGGUUACACCA